CAUCUCGCCUAAACAAAAACGGAUUCAUUCAGCAGCAGCAGAUCAAUCGCGAGAGAAGAACGUCAGAAGAAGCAAAGUGUUUUUUUUUCACCAAGAGUUAGAUUCACACAAGUUUGGGAGUGGAAAUUCUGCGCUUGAAAAGUGUCGCUAGAUUUAAGACAAACUCGUGAAAAUUGUUGGCUUCCUUGCUUGAUUCUUUCCGCUGGUCGCUGAAAGCGACCCCAUCCGGGACAUCUGCGGUGGCCGCUUCCCCGGAACUGGAAGAUGUGACGCAGUGAGGCAAUUUCCACCCCAUAAAAGUACGAGCGCGAAGUUCCUCCCAACCAUGGCCACCAACCGACACGAUACGAAAUCUUACGACACGCUGACCAACCAGGACACGAAUCCGUUUGCGACGGACCAGGGCGGCAAUGCCAAGCGGUCACCCACAAUCGACGAGGAGGAAACGCCCCAGAGCAGCGGGCUGGUGAUCCACGUCGUGCCGGAAACGAACAAGGCGCGAUGGAACCACAUCGAGGAUCUGGACUCGUUCUUCACGCGCGUCUACUGCUACCACCAAAAGCACGGCUUUUACGUGAUGAUGCUGCAGAAGGUGUUCGAGCUGUUCCAGUUUGUGUUCGUGGUGGUGCUGAUCACGUACAUGUUCAACUGCGUCGACUACGGCGUCCUGUUCAACGAUACCAACGUGCACGACAAGGUCACGCUGCCGAUGGCGAUGCUUUCGCCGUCCGAGUGCGUCGCCGUACUUGGAGGGUUGGACUGGCUGGUGUUGUUUCUGGCCGGCGUCUUUUGGGUGUUCCGGUUGAUGCGCUUCCUGUUGCAGUUUGUGCAGUUCCUGGACAUUAAGCAGUUCUUCAACAUGGCGCUCAAGAUUGAAGAUGCCGACCUCGACAACCUGACCUGGCACGAGGUCCAGAAGCGGAUCCGCGAGGUGCAGUCCGAGAUCCAGAUGAGCAUCAACAAGGAGCAACUGACUGAGCUAGAUAUCUACCAUAGGAUUUUAAGGUUCAAAAACUACAUGGUCGCAAUGAUGAACAAAUCGCUGCUUCCGUCAACGAUACAGCUGCCAUUUCUGGGGAACGUAGUCUGCUUGAGUCAAGCGCUCCGUUACAACGUAGGAUUAAUCCUGUUCUGGGGACCCUGGUCACCGUUCGAGAACAACUGGCACCUGCGGGAGGAGUUCAAGCGAUCGAAUCGCCGCAUCGAGCUCUCGCAUCGGCUGGCGUCGCAAAUCUUCUGGGUGGCCAUGUUCAACCUGAUCCUGUCGCCGUUCAUCUUUUUGUGCCAGCUGAUGUUCUUCUUCUUCAACUAUGUCGAUCUGAUCAAGAAGGAGCCCGGCACGCUCGGCAUCCGCUGCUGGUCCCAGUACGGUAAGCUGUACCUGCGCCACUUUAACGAACUGGACCACGAGUUGGAGGCCCGACUCACCCGGGCGUACCGCCCGGCCGUCAAGUACAUGAGCUCGUUCUCGUCGCCGCUGCUGACGGUGAUUGCGAGAAAUGUGGCCUUCCUGUGCGGUGGGGUCGCCUCGAUGAUCUUCCUGCUGGCCGUGUACGACGAGGACGUGUUCCAGGUGCAGCACGUGUUCACCAUCUGUACCGUGCUGGGGGCGGCCAGCGUGAUCGCCAGAUCCAUGAUCCCGGACGAAAACAUGAUCUGGUGCCCGGAGCAGCUGCUACGCAACGUGCUCGCCCACGUGCACUACCUUCCUGCGGCAUGGCGCGGUUUCGCCCACACUUCCGGCGUGCGCGACCAGUUCGAGCAGUUUUUCCAGCUGAAGGCGAUGUACAUCCUGAACGAACUGUUCAGCCCGUUCGUCGCCCCGUUUGUCCUGCUGUUUGUGCUCAAGCCGAAGGCGCUAGAUUUGGUGGACUUUUUCCGCAACUUUACCGUGGACGUGGUGGGCGUCGGCGACGUUUGCUCGUUCGCCCAGAUGGACGUGCGCAAGCACGGCAACCCGGACUGGCAGAUUACGAACAGCGCGAUCGAUAAGGACGACGAGUCGACGGAGGCGGUGAACGUCGUCGGGCCACCGGCUGGACCGCCGGUAGACAACAAUCAGUACACGCAGGGCGAGCACGGCAAGACGGAACUCUCGUUGGUGCACUUUACGUUGACGAAUCCGACCUGGCAGAUGCCGCCGGAGGCACGCCAGUUUGUGCAGGGCAUCAAGCGGCACGCGCUGCAGGAUUUGAACCGCCAGCGGGGCAUGCUCUAUGGGGGUGGUGGUCCUGCGGUGGCCGCCGCUGCCACUGGGAACGCCAUGGCGCAGAGUUUGUUCUCGGUGGAGAGUUUGGGCGAGCAGUACCAGUCGAUCAUCCAUCCGAUUCUGCAGACCCACAAUCUGUCCAACUCGCAGCAGCUUGGGCUGUCGAUGAACUACGGAGGGUACGCGUCUCCUCCGCCGCCGCCGGCGUCCCAAAUGCCGUCUUCCUCGCAGCACUACCAGUUCAACUCGCCGCAGUCGUUCGACUUUGAGCGGAUGCUGCAGCAGAAUCUGACCGACGGCAGCACGAUGGGCGGGGCCCCGCUGCGGUCCACCUUCCUGCACGACAUCAACGAAAACGAUGACGAUGAAAGUGGGGGUGGUGGUGGUGGCGCCGUCGGUGACACCGGAACCAGCCAAAUGCAUCCAUCUAGUCUAGGGGCGAGCGGAAUGGCGGCGGCGGCCACCACCAGCGCCAGUGGCACAAUGAGCUUCAGCACGCGCGGCGGCAUGAGCAGGAGGGAGGGACCGGCGGAGGGAUCCCGCAACGGGCUUCUGUCCAGCUUGUACGGUGGCGGGGAGGCGCCAGCGACGACGCCGCACGAGGUCACCACCGCGGACAUGUGUCUUAGCACUUUGUACCUGCACGAGUUGCAUCACAAUCAUAUGCGACGACGCGGUGGCAGCUUGCGCACCGACCUAAGCCAACGCCAGCUGUGGCAGCGACCUCACCAGCAGCAGCAGCCAUCUCCAUCGGUUCUGGUCGUGGGUGGACUCGGUGCCGGUGCCGCCAGCAGCAGCAGUAGUAGUGGUGCGGCCGCGGAACGAACCCCCCUGCUGGGGAGCAAAAAGUCAUAGCAACGGGCCGAGUGGGUCUGAAGAGGGGGAAGGAGUGAGGAACCGCAGUGAUAUCGGACCGGAACGGAGAGAAACAACAAAUCAAGACCGGUAAUUUUAAGUAGGAAAUCGUUUUUAAUUUUAGCUUCAAAGUUUGUCGCUUUAUAGUGUCGCGGGACAAACGAACCUCUGCUGGGAAGGUUAAGUUUUUUUUUAAACUUCACACUCUUGAACAACAAACGAAAUUAUUCAUCUGUGUUUUUGUGAAUAUGAUUCGAACGGAAGCGGUAAAUUUACACCCACAAAUGCCCUAUAUUUAUACUGAACUACUCUUAACGAACGCUAUCGUGAAUGUCGUGCUGUGCGAUUCCAAACGAGGAGAAAAAAUGUGCACACACCUUUAAAGUUUUGUAAAUACUUGAAUCUAUUUUCGGCAUCUACAAAAAGUGACAAGAAAAAAAUAACGAAAAUAAAAUAUUUUAAAGUUGAAA